GUCACCGGAGAAGUUGAUAAAUAGCGGAGGCGCGCGCUCGUGCGGUGGUUGUGGCUUUUGUUGUUUUUGUUGUUGUCGUCGCUUUGAGAACAACGAAAAGUUUCACGUUUUUUGUCGUUUGUCUCUCGCGUCGAGGAUGGCCUCGGCGUCCCUACUGACGCCGCUCCUCGUGGGCCUGCUCGCCUUCGCGACGCCCCUUCAAUCGCAGCGGCAGCAGCAGCAGCGGUACGGGCCGGGUCACGGAGGCGCUCCCGUCGUGUUGGUUCCAGGUGACCUGGGAAAUCAGCUGGAGGCUCGUCUGGAUAAGCCUACCGUCGUCCACUACCUGUGCACAAAAAAGACCGACUACUACUUUACGCUGUGGCUCAACCUCGAGCUCCUCGUCCCGCUGGUGAUCGACUGCUGGAUCGACAACAUGCGGCUGGAGUAUAACCUGACCACUCGCACCACAUCCAGCCCCAACGGGGUCCAAGUGCGAGUUCCCGACUUUGGAAAAACAUUCCCGGUGGAAUUCCUGGAUCCCAGCAACGUGUCCGUUGGAAGUUACUUCCACACGCUGGUGGAAGCCAUGGAGGGAUGGGGCUACAAGAGAAACCAGGACAUUCGCGGGGCCCCCUAUGACUGGAGAAAAGCCCCCAAUGAGAACGGGGAGUACUUGGUGAAUCUAAAGAACAUGAUCGAGGAGAUGUACGCCACCUACUGGUCACCCGUCGUCCUGGUGGCUCACAGCAUGGGCAACCCUUACAUGCGCUACUUCCUCGGACAGCAGAGCCAGGCGUGGAAGGACAAGUUCAUCCACAGCUACGUGGCGCUGGGGCCACCCUGGGGCGGGGCCGCCAAGACGCUCCGCGUGCUCACGUCCGGAGACAAUAACGGCAUCCCCGUGAUCAGCACGCUCAAGAUCCGCGCUCAGCAACGAACGGCCGUGUCCACUAGCUGGCUGCUGCCCUAUAACACCUCGUGGCCUCCCGACAAAGUGCUGGUGUCCACGCCCAAGCGCAACUACACCAACCGUGACUACCGCGACUUCUACAACGACAUCGGCUACCCCGAGGGAUGGCUCAUGCGCCAGGACUCUGAGUCCUACUUGUACGGGCAGCCCCUGCCAGGCGUGCCGGUGCACUGCCUCUAUGGCACGGGCGUGGCCACCCCGGACUCGUUCGUGUACGACAAGUCGUUCCCGGACCACGACCCCACGCGCGUCAUCACGACGGACGGCGACGGCACGGUGAGCUUGGCCAGCGCGCUGCUCUGCCGGGACUGGGCCGGCCGCCAGCCACAGCCUGUCCUGCUGAGAGAGCUGCCCGGCGCGGAACACGUGAGCAUGCUCUCCCGCGCGGACGUCAUCCAGUACAUCAAGGGCGUCAUCUUUCGUCACCCGUAAAGGGAGCGGAGCUCUCCCGCAAAGUGGCACGGGCGGAGAACAACGAUGUUUGGCGCGGUGGAAAUCUGAAAGUAUCUGCGGUCGCGCGCGUGCACCGAAGCCAGCAGCGACGAUCGCCGUGGUUUUCAGCGUCGCGCAUCUCACAAGUAGUUUUGCAGAAGUUGUAGCCACUCUGUUUGCGAGAAAGAGUUACAAUGACGUCAUGCUAAUUUGCAGCUUGCAAAACAAAUUCUGCUUCAAUUCUUUUCAGCCGUUCCAUGGUACUGUGACUUUAUUUUCUCAAUUUUUUACAAAAGUUUUCCCAAGUAUUAUUAAUACUUGACAUUUUUGAUGUAACGAUACUAAUAUGUUUGAUCUUUUUCAUUUACUGUACAUCACAAGUUACAUUAGCCAUACUGUAAUUCCAAUUUGACCAUUUUAAUUCUGUGCCAAGUUAUACGCCGCUUCAUGCCCAUUAUCGUAGGUAUUAUUCUCUUCCAAUAUUUUGUUAUUGCAAAUAAGUAAAAAAAAAACAUUAAGCCAGGCUUAUUUAAGCAGGGCAUUGUAAUCGGAUAAUAUUCGUCGAUCCAGACCUCUCAUUUCCUCAUCGCCUUCUAGUUGGGAGGGAAAAAAAAUGUCGACUUUACACGGACCCUCAACAAAAACUGAAGCAGGUGAAAAAAUAAUAAUCUUGGAGUGCAGAUUUCUGCCUGGGAACUGGUACAGAAGGACAGAAGCCUGCUCUGAUUCAAGACAAAGCAGCAGCCUCGUUCAUUCACAACCAGAGCGGGGGGGGGGGGCAUAGGGGUGGGUGGUCAACGCAUAGCAAGGGAGACAGCGGAAGUCCCCCGCCCCCCCCCCCCACCGCUUGCCACGCGCUUGACGGUAGCUGCUGGUGUUGCCAGAACGGACAAGCAGGUGCAAGUGCUAGCCAAUGCAACAACCGCGUGGUGCUUCUGUAAAUUCGUAGCGAGCGACGGCUUUUCGGCAGCUUGCGGUGCGGCCUGUAGUUUUACGAGCCGCUUAGCGUUUUGUGAGGUUUUUUUUGCGUGUGAAAAGGCCUUUUUUUUGCCCAUUUUUCUAGAAGGUACCUAUGGAAAGAUAUGGGGGAAGGGCGAAAUGACAGUGCUUUUGGUUACUUCAAAGAGACCUACAGGGUUAACCGGUUGACACCAGGAGGGGAGAGCGAGACCCCGCACUGUGGUGAGGUGGGUGGGUUGUCAUUUUCUGGUGGCUGCUCAACUUGCUACUCCGGUGGCUGAUUGGGAGUCGUGAGAAAAUUGACAUUACGCACCAUUGCGAGCACACAAGUUUACACGCCGCAUAAGUGCCCUCAGGAAAUGCAUGGUUUUGAAAGAUUAAAAGUGCGGUAAAUGAAAUUGGAUUUUUUUUUUCAGCCACUCGUGUCCAGGGGUGCAAUGAACAGGUUUCAGGAAAGUGUGGACAUUUUGGUAAACGUGUGAGAAAAGUGCCAAAUAUCACUCGAAAUAUUGCGGGCCUGGACCCUUUUGGGGGCUGUUUUAAGAUGCCGUCGGUCUCUCUGAAGUGGCAACGGUGAGCAGAGAAACCCACGCUCGAGUGGCUGCAGUGUUGCAGUUCGUCACAAUGUCGCCGCGAAUUUAACCCGAGUCCUACGCGCAAAGUUCAUAGGUUGCUUGGCAAGAACAACCCCCGUGGUCCCCUAACACAAGCCUACACACACACAAAGCACAGUUUUGUGCAUGUUUACAGAAUGCCGAGUUUUUAAAUGCGUCCACCCGCUUACCAAGUGUUAACGAUUAACUGAUCUCAAUGUUAAGAGACAUUUCAAUACUUUGAGACCGGUGAUAAGGGACACUGACAAAGUUGCUAAUCAUGUGAAUUGCAUUUCUACCCCCGCCCCCCUCUGUCUAUUCCUUUUUUUUACCCAAAAAAAUAUUUGUUCUUGUAUGCAUUUACAUAUGUAUGUUGAACUUUUUUCGCACCGUACGUUGCCAACCAUUGCUAAUCGGAGGUGUGUGGGGUGGGGGAUGGACAACAAACUAAACACAAAAAUAUCGUUCUGCUCGUGCUGUGGCUUUCUCAUGUCACGAUACAAAGUGUCACUAUCGGAUGUCAUGCAGAGCUUUGUACAACCCCUUCCCGUGGGAGAGACAGCUCGUGGAAGUGGAUAUCACAAAACUACAUCCCGACAUUCCCUUGUUCACGUGACCUCUAGGCUAGUAGGGGAGGGGGUGGGGCAGCACUUUCCUACACUCACUCUGCCGUAGAGAGAAUAAUGUGUUCUUAACAUGACGGUCAAACAGUCAUUUUAUUGCAAUUACACGUUCACCUAUUUUUUUACACGUUCACAGUUAGAUCACAACGACAUGCAACGCGUAAUUACAUGUGGCGUGAUGUAGCCCAAUUGUGAUCUAUAAGGAUGCCUGCUUAUUGCCAUUAAUAUGAACGUUGGUAAUUUACUUAUGUUUGUCAGUUUUAUUUUAUUUCAUACAUGUGUAAUUAGUGUCCACAAUGGACACUUCUACAGUUAUAUCCACAGUAAUUACAUUUCCUCCUAUAAAUUGCAAUUUGAAUGCAUUUGCCCCAUGCAUUGGUUGGGUGUUUUACAGACUUGUAUCACCCUGCCCAUAUUAUACGGUCCAUUGACUCUGGCCGUGACUCCAGCGGCGUGGCGUGAGCGACUCGGUCGAUGGGCAAACCCAGGCCAGUGGGUGGCGUGGGUACAAUGGUCUGCAGGAUGAGGAACAGGUGACGGGGAGUAAGGAUCGUUCUCAGGGUCAAACAUGAACAGCUGCUAUAACCGGUUUCCUCUUUGAUGUUUUGAGUUGGUCUUGUGCGUUAGGGUUUUUUUUUUGCCUUGUGGAGGCGUUUGCACAGUAUUGUGGAAGGGUUGUGGGGUCAGUGUUGAUUAAACGGAUUUAUGUUUACUUUUAUAUCCAUAAUAGAGGUUUUUGGGUUAGAUCGUGUAAAUAUAGAAAUGUGCCAUUAAAACCCGCCACCACCCGACACAGCCAACUAGGUUGUCACGUAAACAGAACGUGGCCAAUUCGUCACUAGUACAGCACACCGGUGUGUUGGAGAGCCAGGCCACAACAUUUACACUUACAAAUGUUGGCUGUGUCAGGUGGUGGCAGGUUUUAACGACACAUUUAUACAUUUCCGCGAUCUAACCCAAAAACCUCUAUUAUGGAUGAUAUUGGUCGCGAAAGCCUACGUGUUAAAUUUUACUUUUGUUCGCAAAGUAAUUGUUUCGGGUCGGUGUGUCAUCUUUAACAAAUUCGUAGCAGGAGGAGCUGACAACUUUGUGAAGUGCGAAGUGUCGCAGGGUUCAUGAAAAACUCAGGCCAAUCGGUGGCUUUGUAAGAUAAUUGUGUUGCGCCAUUUGACCAAGUGUGAAAAAUAUCAUUGUUAGUUCAGUGUCGGUUUACUAGCAACCAAUCUUCAUAAGCUAUAGAGUGACUUUAAGGUUUGUUUGUUUUUCACCCGAGAGCCUAUGCCCUGUAUAUAAGGGCAACGGGGGGGGGGGGGGGGCACACGUAGUACACGUGGCCUCCCUGGCCACGUGUGCCCCGUUGCAGUUGCAUCGUCUGCACAGGAGAUAGUAGUGCCACCACCUGUGCCCAUCAUUGCCCUGCUCGAAAUAAAACGGCGUUCCCAGAGUGUUUGCCACCGCUGUGGAUGCAAGUGGUGCACGCACACCAGUGCUUUUCGCAGCUCAUGAAAGAGCUCCAUGCUCCUGUUCAAGUCCAGGUUUAAGACCGCCUCGAUAUACUCUUUCAAAUUAACGUUCCCACUGUUUCUCUACGGCCUCGUGAGAUGUGGUCGCAUUUAAAUGCGACUGUGUAAAUCCAAAUUGCAUUGUAAAGAUGUGGUUGACCUUAAAAUAUGCGAUGUACAUUAAACCAUGCAAACUGUAAACUGAACUACAGUUUCGUUUUGUCGAUGGUCGAUCGCUAUUAUAGUUUGGCCUCGAUGCAUUCCUAGCCUUUGCUUAAUUUGCAGUGGGAGGAAGGCCAUGUUAUUUAUUUUGUCAGGAAAUGUUUGUUGCAUGUGUUUUUCAAUCCCUGCUUGCUAAUGCAAUGGAACUCUAUACACCCCACUAACAAAAGCAUUGAACUGUAAAAUUAAAUUAGAAUGUAAAUUUUGCAAAAGUGGGCUGUAGGGAUACGAGCUUUGGUAUUAUAUUACCUCAUAUCUUGAACACGUUUCUCCGUUUUACUUUACGGAGGUAACGGACAGCGGUGGCGUGUGAAGACUGCUUGCGUUAAUGCCACGGGCUCGUUGUUUCGUCUGAUUCGUCAGUUGCAGCGGAGUAACUAACGUCGGUGGUUUGGUUCUACUUCAUGCCUUGGCGUGAUGCGAAUUAUAUUGUCACCGCCGCAGGGCUUAUUUCAGAAGUUUCCGCACACGAUUACAGACGAUUGAUUCAAAAAGUAACGUUCCAGUUAAUACAUUUCAUAUAUAUAUACACUCGAAGAAACAGCAAGAUUUGGCAGAGGAGAUCUAAAGUUACGUUACAUCAACAGAUAAUGGCGUUAUCCAUGACUAGGAUUUAUCUUAAUUGCUUACAUAGUGUUGUAUUAGUUUGCUAUGACAAAGCCUAACCAUUUUUAAGAUUGUGUCAUGCUCGGGCAAAUUAACACCGAUUCGUUAAUGUCGUUAUUCGUUUUAAAAAUGCAAAGUCAAACGGUCGGCCACAUUCACUAUGGGGCAAUAAUCGCUGUCCCGAUGUCGCUUUCCAAAAGUCUCGUUAGCUGCAGUGCACUUUAUUCUCCACGACGGACACGACACGUGAUUGAUUGAUUGACUGACUGGCUUUCUGGGCACGGGCUCGCUGUGGACACGGCGAUCGCUUUCAAUCAGCUCCGUGCCGACCUGCUAAUGUCAAGGAAAACCCUUUAGGUGUGUGUAGGGAAUUAGGGGCUCUAUUCCGUCUUGGGUUUACAUGGCUCUCUUGGGCUGCCAGGUGGGGGUGCCGCUCUGUGAGCCACUUGCCACUUCUCGUCGUGGUGUUCGCUUUUUAAAUCCUUUAUAUUAAGUUCACUUGCUUGCGCGCUUACGACCGUGCAAAUCUUACGGUCGUUUUUGAACCCACUUCCCGUGAUCCAAUCGAGCUGACAUUUUCCACACAGACUCGUUGUGCGUGACAAUUAAUUUUCGUGAAAAAAAUGUGCAAAAUUUUACACUUUUUAGGAAAAAAAUAAUUAUAUUUAAUUACCAAUUGCUUAAUGCUGCCAGGCAAUCAUCUGACCCAUAGCUGGCAGCCAUCUCAAGCCAGAGGACGAUAGGACUCUAGCCGCCACGCAUAUAAAGGAUUUAUAGUGAAAAACUUUGUUUUUACGGGUUAAUUUUUUGUCGAUUCCUCGCGCACACAAGGUCGGAGGGGAUUCCGCGGCAGUGUGCGAGGGUGACGACGAGAGUGGCGGGGCUGGUGAAACAUCGCGCCUCCGAUGGUGACACGGUUGGCCAUGUACGGUGCGAAAAGGGUUCUUCACACCGCAGAUGCGUGACCACAAGGGGGCGGCAUGGUACCGUCCGCGUUCAUCAGUACGCCUUUGCAGACACGUUUGGGUUACGCCAGUGGCAGUCAAGGGAAGCAACCCUGCACACUUUGUCAGCCUUCCUUAUUUCACUGGUAACCAGAUAUUGCUCGUUUUUAUUUGCCAUUGAGCGUUAUACUUUUUCAAAUUAAUUUGCAGCCCAAAUCGAGUUCGGCAAACUCUGUAUGAUCGUGCGAGUUCCGUGCAAGAAUACGGCUUCUGUGGCCCCAUUGCAAAGGUUCCCCGUGAAAGUGUCGAGCUAAGCUGAUUUAAAAUAUGGUUUAUUUUACCAGGUAAGGCCCACUGAGCUGAGCUAUAUGGCCCUUUUUCAAAAGCGACCUGGCCACAAAUGAUAGCUCAACUACGUGACUUAUCAUACGGAAAUGUAUGAGCAGACAUAUAAUAUAAACGCAUGUUUCUAAAUGUAGAGGGAAACACCGGAGGACCUGGAGAAAGAUCCACGUGAAUGACGUGGGGGGGGAGAGACACCGCAAACUCCCAAAUAUACAGCAGCGUCAGGGUCGGGAUUGAACCCACGACCUCCUGUAUGCCAGGCGAGGCAGUUAAUAUCGCCGCCGUGAUUUGCUGUGGCCCCACAUCACGUGGCUGGGUUUUGUGUUACUCUCGACAAAUCUUUGCCACCAGUUUAUGUCAGACGAGUGAGUCCCAGAUAAAGUAAAAAAAAACAUUGCAUCUACCCAUGGAGGCCUCAAAGUGGCAUUAUAUUUUUUUUACGUCUUGUUUUUCUCGAGAUAUUUCUCAAAUUAGUUUCUGGAGUAUGAUCCAACAAACCCCCACCCCCCUCCCUCACUUUAGAUUUUUCUCUUGAAAUGUUUAAGCCGAUUGCUAUUGCCAGUCGGCCACACUCUUGGUUACCCCAUCAGAGCAGUGGAUUCGCACGGAAACGGAUGUGGACUCGAUUUUAACGAUCACUUAUUUUCAAUUGUGAAUGCGGUCAACUGUGGAAGGGCAUUACUCUACACGUGUAGAAAGCAGGCGUUACGCCGCGUUCGGACGAUUUUUUUUUUAACAGAGACUGUAAAGAGGCAGUGCGGCAAUGAAAUCUGUACAGUUUAUUUAUAUGCGCGUGUCUAUGUAGUGAUGAUGAGCGCCUCAUGUCAUGUGAUCUACAAUCUUUGCCCGGGCAUAAUAAUACGUAAUGUCCACUCGUGCCGCUUUUCAAACGUGAUGAGCCUUUUAGAUGUGCUCAUUGCGUCGAUGACGACAAUGAUGUUGAUGAUGUUGAUGAUGUUGAUGAUGAUGUCACACUGGAUCCAUGGUUUCUAACUUGCGACCGGCACAUCUCGGGGAACGGUGAUGAGAAUCUUGUAAACACGGAGCGCACAAUGCGGAGGGGGGCCUGCUUGUUAGCAACUAUUAUUAUUACUCUUUGGUUCUUUCGGUAAAGUCACGUAUAAAGAUAAAUAAUAAAUUAAAUACUAGCAUACGACGUUUCGAUUGCAACACAAGCAAUCGUCAUCAGGUAUAAAUGAAAUAGAAACACAAAUCUAGUAUACUUAUAAAUGUAAUGUAAUACAACAGAGAGUCGGAUACCAUAACAGUCAACACCCUACCUGGUUGAUUACGUUCUUCUUGAGAAUGCUACAUUUGAGAGAGAGAUAAAACACAGAACCAGAGACAUUAUUAUUAUUAUUUUUACGAAAGGCGAGUCUCUGCGCACCCGAUCUAAGUGAAUGUGCUGCCUCGGUUGUGGAAUAACAUUGUUGACUGUUGAGUGUGCUGUGCCUUGACGCGAUUUUCAGGCUGUCACUAUCGUCGUUACCUUUUCUUGGUGGUUUCCACCCAUGAUGAGAAAAUUCUCCACUUUUAAGAAUAAAAAAAUAUAUUCUCA